AUGAAUUUUAAAAAUAACAAUAAGGAAUAUGUUGGAUACAUUUUGAUGUUGGUAGGUUGUAUGUUAAGCCUAAAGAAUAAUGAUGGAACCAACAAUCUAAAAUAUUUUUAUAGUACAUUUAUAAAUAGUGAUGAAAAGUAUAAGGCUAUAAAAGAUGCUACUGAUUAUAAGGAUCUUAUAGAUAAAAAACAAAAUUUGAUGAAUAUGAUAAUUAUAUUUAAAUUUUAUGAUGCAUUUAAAAUCUUAUGUAACAUAUAUAAUGAGUAUAAAAAAGAAAAUACAAAUUGCAAAAAUUAUUUAAAAAAAGCUAAAGAAUUUGUUAAAAAAUAUGAGGAACUUAACAAAGAUCUUAAUAUUACUGAAGACAGCCCCUUUUAUCAAGUAUUUUCUAGCUUAUCAACUGAUUAUAAUAAUUUAAAAAAAAUGCAGUGGUGUUAA